UCAAACAGCUGUACUGGAACCAAACAAACAACCAACACUGCAGCAGACGGUCAAACUGAUAACUGGCAUAAUAAUGGAAUAAUUUGAAUGGGAAGGUUAAAUUUAUUAACAUUUUGUGUAAGCGAGUAUCCUUAUACUAUUCAGGUAUUUCGGGGCUACUAAAUUUUAUAACAAGAAAUGUUGCGCUACAGAUUUCCCAAAGAGUGUUUGAAAUUAUUUAGAAUUCAGGCUUCCAGCUCAAGAUUUUCGAACUGCGGUAGGAUGUCGAUAAGCUUUCUACAUAACAAAGGUUUCAUUAAUGGAUCCUGGGUGGAUGCGAAAAGUGGUAAAACGUUUGAAGUGAAGAAUCCAGCUACUGGGGAAGUGAUCGGUUUGGCCCCUGAUAUGGAUGUGGAGGAUACUAAAUCAGCUAUAAAAGCUGCAGCUGAUGCAUUCCCGGCUUGGGCCAAAACACCAGCAAAAGAGAGAGGAGUAUUGUUGAGGAAAUGGUAUGACCUGAUGGUAUCAAAUUCUGACGAAAUUGCAAAGAUUCUUACAUGGGAGGCUGGCAAACCUCUAUCGGAAUCAAAAGGUGAAAUAACAUAUGGCAAUUCAUUUAUUGAUUGGUUUGCUGAAGAAGCAAGGAGAAUUAACGGCGAAGUUUUACAGAGCCCCGUGAGGAAUCGUGAAAUGGUUUUGCUGAAACAACCAAUUGGAGUGGCUGCUCUUAUCACCCCGUGGAACUUCCCUCAUGCGAUGAUCACAAGGAAGGCAGGUGCUGCAUUAGCGGCAGGCUGCACCUGUGUUAUCAGGCCGGCAGAAGAUACGCCUUUCACAGCUUUAGCCCUAGUUGACCUGGCUGAUAAAGCAGGUAUUCCAAAAGGAGUAAUCAAUAUUGUUACAAGUGGACGCCCCAAUGCUGCCCCUAUUGGAAAAGAACUAUGCGAAAACCCACUAGUUGCGGGACUCUCUUUUACAGGAUCAACCGAAGUAGGAAAACUUCUUUAUAAGCAGUGCGCUACUGGAAUCAAGCGAGUUGGACUGGAACUUGGAGGGAAUGCACCAUUCAUCGUAUUCAACUCAGCUGAUAUAAAUAAGGCAGUUGAAGGUGCUAUUGCUUCUAAAUUUAGAAAUUGUGGACAGACAUGCAUAAGUGCAAAUAGAUUCAUAAUUCAAGAUGGCGUCUUCGACGAAUUUGUCGAAAAGCUGAGAGACAGGAUGAGCAAAUUCAAACUUGGAAAUGGAAUGGAUUGUGAUGUAAAUCAAGGACCUCUUAUCAAUGCAGCCCAAGUGAAAAAGGUGGAGGCAAUAGUAAAAGAUGCUGUGGACAAGGGGGCCAAAGUGCUGCAUGGGGGUGAAAGAGCGUCCAACAUUGGCGAAUUGUUCUAUGUGCCGACACUUCUGGUCGAUAUCAAGCCGAAUAUGGCGUGUUACACUGAAGAAAUUUUCGGUCCAAUUGCUGUUUGCUUGAAGUUCAAAACGGAAGAGGAGGCUAUAGCAAUCAGUAACGGUACAUCUCGAGGUCUAGCUGGAUAUUUCUACUCGAAUGAUUUGAACCAAGCGUGGCGCGUAGCCAGAAAUCUAGAAGUUGGAAUGAUAGGCAUCAAUGAGGGCCUUAUAUCAGCUGCCGAGGCUGCAUUCGGUGGAGUCAAGGAGUCCGGAAUUGGUCGCGAGGGAUCCUCCCAUGGAAUCGAAGAAUAUGUUUACAUCAAAUACUUGUGUUUUGGAGGAAUUUAGAAUGCAUUAAUCUAUCCCAGAUGAAGCCACCUGUCUAGUCUUGAGGUUUACAUUGUCGACUAUCCUAAACCGCAGUUAGAAUCACAAAUAUUUCGAAUGCUUGCCGAAUUUAUGAAUCUUGGAGUUUCUAUUUUGGAAUAUCCUGAACCACAAUAAAAAAUCGGAGAAAAGUUGAAUGCUAAUCACGUUUAUGAAUCUUAAAGCCUUUACUAUGGAAUAUCCACAACCGCAGGUGAAAUCAUAAAUCUGUUGAAUGCUAACCAUGUUUAUGAAUCUUCAAACUCCUAUUUUCAAAUGUCCCAAACCGCAGUUAAAAUUAGAAAUCUGUUGAAUUCCAGCCACAUUUUUUAAUAAAAGUCUCUACUUUGGAAUAUCCUAAACUACAGUUAAAAUCAUGAAUCAGUUGAACACUAGCAAAUUUUUUGAAUCUUGGAGUCUCUAUUUUGAAAUAUCCUAAACCGCAGUAAAAAUCAAGAACGCUAGUAACCUUUUUGAAUCUUGAAGUCUCUGUUUUGGAAUAUUCUUAACUACAAUAAAAGUCGGAUAUAAGUUGAAUGCUAGCCAAGUUUUUGAAUCUUAAAGCCUUUACUAUGAAAAUCAUAAAUCUGUUGAAUGCUAACCAUGUUCAUGAAUCUUGAAAUUUCUAUUUUCAAAUAUCCUAAACCGCAGUUAAAAUUAGGAAUCUGUUGAAUGCUAGCCACAUUUUUGAGGCUUGAAGUCUCUACUUUGGAAUAUCCUAAACUACAGUUAAAAAACGGAAAUCUGAAAAAUGUUAGUUAGCCAAGUUAUUGAAUCUUGAAGUCUCUAUUUUGGAAUAUCUUGAACUACAAUAGAAAUAGGAUAUAAGUUGAAUGCUUUUAUAACCCAUGUUGUAAAGCUUGAAGUCUCUACUUCGGAAUAUCCUGAAAUACAAUAAAAUUAGGAUAUAAGUUGAAUGCUUUUAUAAUCCAUAUUGUAAAGCUUGAAGUCUUUACUUUGGAAUAUCCUAAACCACAAUACAAAUUGUAUAUCAGAUGAAUGCAAGUCAAGAUUUUAAAAGAUUUCUUUAUUCAAAAACAGUUUUUUAUCCAAAUUUGUUCUACAAUAAAAGGAUUCAGUUAAUCUAGAAUACUGCGUUCGUUUCCAUACCUACUGGAUUUCUAGAUAGAACACUGUUCCUUUUCAUAUUUU